AUGGGAGGGAAUAUGUGCGUCUUUCAGCGAAAGAAAUAUGAAGAAGAGAAAAAGGAAUUAGCCCUUCGGAAGGCCUCGAGAAGGGUCAUACGAAAGGACGCAAUAGUCAACGAAAUUACUCACGAAGGAGUAAUGAAACAUCGCGGGGAGGGAACAAACCAGCUUGGCAAAACGAAUGAAAAGAGAGAGAAAAGCAUAUUGUCUGUUCCAUCCACUAGCACAAACAACGACUCUGUGGAGUCUGAAGAAGUAACAACUGACACCUCCUUCCUCACGUCAUCCUCCAUCAUACGGAGUAAUAUAAAGGCAAACAUCAUAUGGGAAAAGUGCCUUCCACAAAAUAGCUACGACAAUACAUGUGAUUUUACGAGGGGGCAUAGAAGAGGCAGAAGUUUCCCCCCCUUAGGAGAAGCAAACAAAAUUACCCUUAAUAAAUCUGUAUCCUUUGGUGGUACUGCUUUGCAGAGGCAGGAAAAUUUUCUAGACCUCUCCGAGCUCAUUUGGACCAAAGAGAAAGACGCACAUCAGGAAAAUUAUUUAAGAGGGGGAACAAAUUACGCAACGAAAAAGUCCCACUCAGAACGUAGAGAGGCUUUUUCUGCAGGGGGUGGUGGUGAUCCACUUGAUGGGGGUAUCUCAACAAGGAACGAACAUAAGCCGACGGCAAAAGGGGGAAGCACCUUGGCAGAUCCAAGCCGCAAUGAGGAUAACUCCUCCUCCGUAAAGCCCACAAAAUGGGAGAAAAGGGGCAAGUCGCUAGACUUUCCAUCAUGGGAUCACAAUGCGGAUUACAAACUAGGGCGAGUUCCUCUCACCAAGUGCAACUCCAGUUAUUUCAAUAACAGGGGAGUCAUAAUUUACUCAUAA